UCUCUCUCUCUCUUUCCUCGCCCUUUCUCUCUUCGACCAAACCACUAUCGAUUCCUCAACAACCAGAAAAUAACUUCCACACUCCCCACCCCCCUUACUCUCUCUGUCUCUCUCUCUCUCUCUCUCUCUCUGGAUAUAUUCUUGUAGUAGUAAAGUAGUGCUUGAUAAUUAAUAAGACCAUCGUCUCCUCGUCUCCUCCAUCUCAUCUCAUCUCAUCUCAACUUAUCUCUCGUCUGGUGUGCCACUACAUUUUUUCCACUUCAUAAUAAUAAUAAUAAUAAUAAUAACAAUAAAAAUAAUAGAAAAGUGAUCGUAAGUAAGUAAGUAAGUAAGAUGGGUCUGUUCUCUCUGGUGACCGGGUGGCCGGGGCCGAGUGGCUUUGGCUCUGCUUCUACGGCGGAGCAGGUCACCGACGGUGUUGACGCCGCUCAUCUAACGGCUAUUAUCACAGGAGGAGCAAGUGGAAUUGGUGCCGAGACUGCGAGAGUAUUUGCUCUUAGAGGAGCACAUGUCAUAAUUGCUGCGAGAAAUAUGGAGGCCGCAAAUAAUGUGAAGGAGCUCUUAGUUAAAAGCAAUCCAAAAGCUCAUGUGGAUGUUCUGCAACUUGAUCUUAGCUCAUUGAAGUCGGUUCGAGCAUUUGCAGAUAAAUUUAUUUCAAUGAAUCUUCCUCUUAAUAUUCUAAUAAACAAUGCAGGAGUCAUGUUCUGUCCUUAUCAGCUUUCUGAAGAUGGCAUAGAGAUGCAAUUUGCCACCAAUCAUCUUGGUCACUUUUCAUUGACCAACCUCCUCCUUGAGAAAAUGAAAGAAACAUCGAGGAGUACUGGUAUUGAGGGCCGAAUCGUAAAUUUAUCGUCUAUUGCUCACCUUCAUACAUAUGAAGAGGGAAUACUGUUCGAUAAGCUCAACGACAGGAGAGGAUACUCCGACAAAAAGGCUUAUGGACAAUCUAAAUUGGCAAACAUACUCCAUGCGAAUGAACUCUCCAGACGAUUGAAGGAGGAAGGAGCAAAUAUUACUGCAAAUUCUGUUCACCCAGGGUUAAUCAUGACAAAUCUGAUGCGGCACUCUUUCCUUCUUAUGAGGAUACUCAAAGUAUUCACUUGCAUCUUUUGGAAGAAUGUUCCGCAGGGAGCAGCUACUACAUGCUAUGUAGCCCUUCAUCCUACUCUCAAGGGGGUCACAGGAAAAUACUUUUUAGACUGCAAUGAGGAGAAGCCGAGUGCGCUGGCCAGAGAAGAAACCUUGGCAAAGAAACUCUGGGACUUCAGUGAGAAUCUGGUGAAAUCAGCAAAGUAAAGUUUGAAAUUUUAAAUAAGGCUAAAGGCUAAAGUAGUUCUCCAGUACAACUACAGUAAAUUACCCGCUAUAUAAUAUGGUUCUUAUGUUUGGUGACGACUAAAUACUAGCUAUCAUUAUAAUCUGGUGUUUGUUCUAUGCUGAUUAUCCAAGCUUCUGUCCAUUGGUACGUACGUAUCCUCUUAUGUUAGUUUUCUUAUGGCUCUUUGGUUGGUGAAUAUUUGAAGAAACACUUCAAGUC